AUGUCUCAAUCAUGUGCUAUUGAAUCAUGUGAAUCAACAUUAGGUAUUUCAUGUCAUUGUUGUGACAAGACUUUUUGUCCUGAUCAUUUGGAUGAACAUUAUGCAUCAAUCAAUGCUCUUAUGAAUCAAAUUAUGGAAAAAACAAAAGAAAAAUUAAUCGGUAAUUGUCUUAAAAAGCUCGAUACAUGGCGUGAUAAAUACUUUAAAAUGAUUAAUAAUUUGUAUGAAAAGAAACGUCAAGAACUUGAACAAUAUUAUACUCAAAAAACAGAAAAACAACAAAAAGAAAUAAAUAAAAUGCAACUGAAAAUAAACAAACUUAUUCAUGAACAAGAUGUUACACAAGAAGAUAUUCAAUUAUUUAAAUUGACUAUUAACUAG